CUUUUACAGUCGGCCGGCCUUGCCCCUUAAGCUUUAUGAAACAUCAUCAUCCUCACCCACGCUCUCUGGUCUGGUCUGGUCUCCUCCUUCUUCUUCUUCUUCUCCAAAUCUCUUUUCUCAAUUGGGACCAUCUUUUUUACCGUUAAUAUCUUCUUCCCAUUACCCUACUCUCUUUUUCUUCUUUAACUUUAUUAUUACAACCAUUACACUCUUCUCUCCAGAUCUAGAAAGAAAGACAAAACCAAGAACAAAUCGUGGAAUCAUUAUGUUCAAACGACAUGAUCAUCAUCUUCAAUCCUCCUCUCGCCGUGAAAAUGUACCCGACCAUCGUGUUAAUGCCGUCGGCUGCAUGGCCGGCGUUUUUCAGCUCAUUUCCAAAUACCACCGUCGCCGCAAAUUCCUCACCUCCGGAAGCAAAAAGAGGCCGAGUGAAGAAGAAAAUAAUAGUUCAUCAGCAGUAAAACAGUUGAAAGUAGCCUCCGAUGGAAGAAAAUUGAUCAAACAGACAGAAAUCAUCAAGAAACUUCCGGCGGUCGAUCACCAUCGGGAAUCCGUGGUUGAUGAUGAUGAUGAUGAUGAGAAAGGGAGGAGAUUGAUGGAAGGAUUGAGAAAAUGUGAUGAGGAUUUAAGAAAGAUACAAAAGGUUUUAGAGGAGGCUAGGGCGGCUAGAUCAAUCUCGCCGGAGCGCCGCCGCCUGACAACUUUCCGGCAGAGAAUAACAAGCUGCAAGACACCAGUCAUCAACAACAAUAAGUAUUUCUGGCAUGCACAACAGUCUAAGGAAUGGAAAUUGCUAAACAAGAAGUUUAUAAGGAUGAUGACCAGAGAUAAUAAUGUUGAUGAACAAACUAGCAUUCUAAAUGUUGCUGAGGCUUCUAUAUCGAUUAAUACUGGAUGCCACGGAGAUCGAAAUUUGGAGACAACACCGCCACCGUUGAUUUUGUUGCUACGAUGGAGCGAUAAGGUUGUGAAAGAAAGUGUCGAAGAAAUUUGUAAAAACAUGAGACGCGAACAAAAAAGAGAAUUCACCAAAAUAGGAUUGGUUCUUCAAGAAUGCAUCUACUCGGACUUGAUUGAAGAACUUAUUAAUUUCUCCGAGUUCAAGCAUGUGAAUCACCGUAGUCAUGUCAUGAUGAAGAACCAAUUGCCUCGUCAUUUAUGCAAGAGAAGUCUUCGAUUUUAGGCUAGCUAGCUUUCAAUUAUUUGGUUUUUCCUCGAGUGUUUUUGUGUG